GGUUUUAUUCUUUCUUGCAACUUCUGCAAAUCCUCUUAACAGCAAAUUUCACCAGCCCCACUUUGUGUGCAACUGCGUAAUAUACUUCCCCCUCUCCCCUCUUUAAUCCACAGUUGCUCUUCCCUUCUGAGCCACUUGUCUCUCUGCCUGCCAGUCCUUGGAUUUAGUGGCAUCUUGGUUGCCGUGGAAAAUAUGAUUCUUCAUUGCACAUAAAUUCUGGUUGCGCAGGAGUCAGCGAUGGGUCCGGUUGUACCUGAACUUUACGAAUGGCACUAUGCGAUCUGGUCGUCCCACUGCGACUCCAAGCAGUUCCAUGGGACUGCAUUUAAGUUUUGCACCUGUAGACGCUUGCAACCGGGACGAGGCUGAUGCGUUUCUCAACAAAAACCCUGAUCUGAGACCUGCAUCGAGCGCUGCAUCUUUGGGUCUUACAAGUCAGGUGCUCGAGCACUCAGCACGAGAGUACUCGUACUGUACGGUACUCAAGUAAUGUCCAGUAACGUCCGAUUACAGUCCUGUGAUCACAACUGUCGGUCAGUUCCUGCCAACGGGAUUCCUUUCAGACAACGUAGGCUUUACACCCUUGAAUAGAGAUUGUCCUCCCCUCCCCUUGGGCGAGCUGAGCUGAGGGUCCAGGGUGGACUUGCCGGAAGUUCUCUGACUCUGCACUCAACUCUACUCGUGCCCUACCGUACUUUCCUUGUGGAGUAAGAUCCCGUACUUUGCUUCCCCUUUGGUUGGACCUGAUGCCGC